AUGAGUUUCUAUUCAAAUUCUACUCUCUCAUCAAUAGACCUUAUUGAAACAUUCGAGCUAUAUGAUAAAAAUAAAGAUGGUUACAUCGAUGAAAGAGAUCUUUCAAUAGUUUUAAAUGAUCUUGGUCAAGAAAGUGACCCUGUUAAAGUAAAGAAGAUUAUGGAAAUAGCUGAUCUUGAUAAGGAUGGCUAAAUUAAUCUUGAUGAAUUCAUUAGACAUAUGUAAACUACUCUUAUUAUGGAGUAUGAAGAAGAACAAGAAAAUAUAGUUGACUUGUUUAAAAUUUUUAAGCAAAAUGAAAAUGGCCAUAUUAAUGUUGAAGAUCUGAGAAUGUGCGUAACUCAAAUGGGUGAGAAUCUUUCAGAAGAAGAAUUCAAUGAUUUAAUUAGAGAAUUUGACUCUGACAAAGAUGGCUAUAUUUCAUUUGAGGAAUUUUGUAGAAUGAUGAAUUGA